AGAACAACACCAACGCUGAACGUACUUCCUGGAACCAGGGUCAAAUAGUCUGGUCAAAAUACGGGUGAUCGAUCUUAUUUGGGAAGGAGACAGGCAGCAUCCAAGACCUCAGAGGCACUAGUUGACAUCCAAGCUUUUUCAAGGUAUGUGUAUUGGGUAUGUCUUUGCGAUGCAUUUUCAACUGUUACGGUUGACAGCUCGUCGGUCGUACUACGUUACUGUCUAUGGCGAACCAGCUCUCAAUAUCGACUGAUCAAAGUGCACUAUAGACAUUUAACGUUUGCCUUGUUAGUAUUCGUUAUUAGACGAAACGUUGUUUUAGUUUUAUUUAACUAUGUCCUAAAUAGCAUUGGAAGAGUGCGUAAUCCCUGACAGCGCGCAUCCACGCCCAGCAGAGUACUCAGCUGUCAAACAGGACAAUGGGCAGCACAUUGCGAACCGCGUCAACCUAUAUGUUUUAUGUUUGGGGCUUUUGUCUUACUAUAGACACAAACAAGAGCUUGUGAACUUUCCAGAAUGUAUGCCUUUUGGAGAUGUCAGCGAGAAUAUGGGGAUGAGUGGAUACAGCAAACUUUCCAAGGACAUCAUCACAUAUUUACUCAUCUACAUGUCUGUUUUCACAGCAAUAUGCCAAGUUCAUAUUAGUGUGAGAGUGAUGCCUGUGAAACCAUGACAACCUCCAGUCUAAUUGCAUUUUUAAUUCUGAAGCUUGCCGCAAUGGGGACGGCAGGUAUACAAAAUAUUAAAACCAGCAUGACCAAUAUUGGUUGGUUGUUUGGUAGAAUAGACAUAGUAGCCUAAUUCUAUUCCAUAGGAAUUAUAAUUCUAUGUUUGGUAGCCCAGGUGCCUUUCUGUUUCUGCUAAAGCCAACUUAUCUAGCCUAACACAAGGCAUGGCAACGAGGUACUGUUGUAACUGAUUGCAUUACUGUUGAUAGCAGGAACAGUGAUGGGAUUGGAUAAUAUUUGAUUGGUGAAUACAGCCUGAGGUGAAAUACCUGAUUGUUCUAACUGACAACGGUUCCUGAUCCUCCAUUGGGGAUGUGUGGUGUGUUAGGUGUGAAAGUACCAUAACACCUAGCCUACAGUAGCCCAACAUUGAUAAGGCUGGAUAUUAAUUGUGUUGCAAUACAUUACUCAGAGGGCUGAUUGAUUCAAAUCACAAAGUAGGCGUUAUGUAACUCCUUUCCUACAAAAUGCUGAGCUUUGUUUUGAAGAGCAGAUCAUAGGAAAUAAUGGAAAACUGAGCCCAGUGCUCACUUAAAAUAAUAGUGUUCAUUACAUUUGUCUUUGUGUGUGUAUUCCUGUGGUGAGCAGGGCAGUCUGGUAGUGUGAGAGCAUAUCCCGGAGCCUGUUCCUGCCUCCCACACACUCCUUACUGUCUUAAAGGCACAGCAUCCCAAUAUCCAUAGCAAUGUGCAUAUUGCCAUCUAGUGCCACUUUAGGAAAUACAAUGCUCUCUAUUGUCAAACUUAUGCAUUUACAUGGUGUCUGUCCAAAUUCCUGAUAGCUUGCUCACUAGCACCUCCGGAAAUGACGUUUUUAUUUUGUAGUUAUUUUUUUCAGCUCAUCCAUCCAAGGCAGUCCAGCCCUGUCCCUGUGUGGUGAUGUCAGGCCCCGGGAGAGAUGGUGAUCUGGAAUCAGACCACGCAGUAGACUGGUCCAUGAUGGACAUGCGGCUGGACUCAUUCCGGGGUUCCCCCCUGGCCCAGCAGGUGUCAGCGGAGAGGCUGGCCCGCGCUGGGUUCUACUUCACAGGACAGGCUGACAAGGUGCGCUGCUUCAGCUGCCACAAGACUGUAGAGAACUGGUGUGGAGGGGACGCACCCGUGGAGAGGCACGCGGAGGUGAGGAUGAGCAGCGGGAUGCUGACGAUGUGCAAAACCUUCUUUUUUUUAACAUUAUCUCAUAUUUCUACCAAAUUAUCAUACUACUGUUGCAAUGUUUCAGGUCUCCCCCACCUGUAAGUUCCUGAGCUGCACCCAUCGUUCCAGGGUUAACUCUCUUCAAGGUGCCAUGCUGACCAACGAACCCCCCUACAACGAAGACGCUGAGGACAUGGAGUUCCGCCUGAGGACGGGAGAGGUGGUGGACGACACCACCUACCCCAUGGCCCCGCACAUGGCCAGCGAAGACUCCCGGUUCAACACCUUUGGCCCGUGGCCCUCCACAUCCCCGGUCCGGCCUAGAGAGCUGGUCCAGGCAGGGCUCUUCUAUCUGGGGGAGAGCGACCGGGUGCAGUGCUUCUGUUGUGGAGGGAUGCUGGGGGGCUGGGAGGCUGGGGACAUGGCGUGGGGGGAGCACUCCAAACACUUCCCCUACUGCUUCUUCAUCUUGGGGCAUGAUGUGGGGAACCUCCCCUCUCAGGGGGGGAGUGGGGGGGAGGUGGGGGAGACCAGGCCACACCCGGGUCCUCGGGUCCCUAUGCAGAGCUUUGAGGAGAGGCUAGGCAGCUUUGCAGGAAUCCAGCACCCUAUUGACCACGAGAGGCUGGCCAGAGCAGGCUUCUACAACACAGGUGAGACCUGGGAGUGGGGUAGACUAGAGCUUUGGCUGUGAGAAAAGUAAUUAACAAAUACAAUUCAUACUUAUUAUUACCUGCUACUCAAUGGUAAAAGGGCCAGGGAGGAGUUGAUAUAGAGGGGACCGGGUACAUAUCCUAACCAGUGUGUGUCUGGGUUGAUCUUAACCUAAGUGUGUCUGUGUGUGUGUUUCUGUGUUGGUGCAGGAGCUACAGACCGUGUGGUGUGUUUCCGCUGUGGUGGAGGUCUGAAGGGCUGGCAGCAGAACGAGGAUCCCUGGGAGGAGCACGCCAAACACUAUCCUGGGUAAAAACACACACCGUAGAAAGUAAACAACCAUAUGCAUGCUUCUUCUCCCAGUCACUAAUGUUGCAUGUCAUGUUUUAAUCCAGGUGCAGUUUUCUGCUGGCAGAGAAAGGACAGGAGUUUGUCAGCAGCGUUCAGCUACAAGGUCCUGGCUGGAACAAUGCUGUAAGUCUCCAUCCUCCUAACCCUGACCUCUAACCCCUAAACCUGCGCUCAAACAUAUUAAACUGCACCCAUCCUCGCAUGACUCCUACCAUAUCAAAUUCCUUCCUUCUAUUGAUUUUCCAGGCUUCAAGUCACCUAAAUGGAUGUUCAAGUCAUGAGACGGGUAAAACAAAUAAUUUGAUGUAACAUGAACAUUUUUGUGAAGUUGUACCCCUUUCACUUUUUAUUUAAGUUUUGGAACAUUAGCCAAACGUAUUGUUAGAUUCUAUCUCUCUCUCAUAGGGUGCUAUUUCCUACACAUACUAGUACUGGCUCAAUCUUCUCCCUCUCUCUGUGCAGGGGUGCUGCGGUCAGCCAUGGCCCAGAGGGCGGUAGAGAUGGGCCUGGAGCCUGCCCUGGUAGAGAGGACUAUCCUGGAGAGGAUACGCAGGGCUGGGACAGGCCACUCCACCCUGGAGACUCUGCUACAGGACUGCUUUAACAGAGACCCUGACAGUGAUGCAGAGACCCUAGAGAACCAUGGUAUGUGUCUCAUAAGGGGAAACUCUUAGCAAUGGUUGCUAGUAUCAUUAUAUCAGGGCACUGUUCUAUCACAACUGGUAAUGAGGUUUACAGUAUAAAUCGAAUAAAUUCCUGAAUUUAUUCCACAGGUUUUGCAAUUUGACCUAGUAUAUCCAUCUGCAUAUUCCAGUCAAUCACAAUAAAAUCACAAUGCUAUUCACACUGUAGGCCUACAUGAGGCUUGGCUAUAGAAGUAACAAUGCUAUUCACACUGUAGGCCUACAUGAGGCUUGGCUAUAGAAGUAACAAUGCUAUUCACACUGUAGGCCUACAUGAGGCUUGCCUAUAGAAGUAACAGAAUCAAACUGUGUUGUUCAGUAUUCUAACUACUUUAUUGUGCUCGGUUACCAACUGAUGUUUUUCCCCUAUUUCAGAAGAGGAUCCCCUUGAGAAGCUAUGGAAGCUGCAGAGGGAAAAACAGUGCAAAGUGUGUAUGGACAGAGACAUCUGCAUCGUCUUCAUCCCCUGUGGGCACCUGGUCGUCUGCAAGGAGUGUUCCGAGGCCCUUGACAAGUGUCCCAUCUGCUGUGGAGCCAUCACACAGAAGAUCAAGACAUACAUCUCCUAACAUGCAACCUGGCGUCAGGGAUUGGAUUUAUAAAGCGUCUGAGUAGGAGUGCUGACCUAGGAUC